AUGGACACCCCACAUUAUGACCACUUAACUCUGCAAGAUUAUGAGAAAGUCUACGAACCUGCGGAAGAUACAUUUCUACUUUUGGAUGCAAUAGAAGACGAUUUGGAAUACUUGAACACAGUUCAACCGGGAGUGUGCUUAGAAAUUGGGUCUGGCAGUGGAAUUAUCAUUACAGCUCUAUCCAAGAAAUUUCCCAACGCAGUGUGUUUGUCCACGGACAUAAAUCCCUGGGCUUGCAACACCACCAAGAGAACUUCUCUUCGAAAUAAAGCUUCUGUAGAUCCCAUUAGAACUAACCUAACCGACAAUAUCAAAAAUAAUCUGGUGGAUAUAUUGCUAUUUAAUCCACCAUAUGUUGUAACCACAGACGAAGAGAUGAAUCAGGAGAAGAAUUUUGAAUCAGACACAACAGAUAAUAACUUAAUAUUUUCAUGGGCUGGUGGUGUUGAUGGAAGGCGUGUUAUCGAUACACUUAUUGAUAAAUUGGAUUCCAUUCUAUCUCCAAUAGGGGUGCUUUAUUUGUUGGUUUUAAAGGAAAACAAACCCAAGGAUAUCAUAAAUAGAUUAGCCAAAAAUAACUUUACUGCAAAUAUUUUUAAAGAAAGACGAAUUCCAGGCGAACAUUUGUUUAUUUUAAAAGUAAUGCGCUGUUAAUUUUAUUAGUGUUUUUUUUUACUAUUCAAAUAUUAUGAAAAUAUAGUUAACAUUACUUACCGCUUUCAACUUAA